AUGGGUCGCUUCGUGACGCCGCAGCAAACCGACUCACCCCGGGCAGGUAAACGCAGCAGCAGCAGCAGCAGCAGCAGCUUCGCCGCGUCUUCGUGCGUCUUUGCGCUCAGAGAUCAUCCACUCCUGACCCACUCACCGCGUCUUUCUCUCGUUUUUCCCCCACAGCAGCCUCACCUGCGAAGCCACAGCGGAGGAGAGCGGAGCUCCUCAGCGGACACUUUGCUGACCAAGAGACACCGGGACAGACACCUCAGUCAGCGGAGACGAGCAGAGAGGUCUUUCUUCGUGUAUUUCAGUCUUCAGAUGGACCGAGUGCCCUCGGCACUGGCCGCUAAGAUGCGCUGGAUCACGCUGGUGCUUGCCGGCUUGACUUUCUGGGGCAAAGUGACUAUUUGUAACUGUUUCGACUACGAGGAGCCAGACUAUGAUUAUUAUGAAGAGGAGAGAGCGGAGACCAUUGACUACAAAGACCCGUGCAAAGCUGCUGCAUUCUGGGGUGACAUCGCUUUAGACGAGGAGGACCUACGCAUGUUCCAGAUCGACAGGACGAUAGACCUCACACAGCACACACACAUGCACACACACUCCCGGCAGGGACACACGUCUGGUGGCCUGGAGGAACAUGAUAUUUCUAAGAAGAGAGGAUCUUUAUAUCUACUGCUGGAGAGAAUACGCAGGUUUGGUUUCGACUAUCUCCCCAAGAACUCCAGCAAGGGACCUGCCAAUCCCAAGAGUCAAACUGGGAAAGGUGGGAAAAAUGGGAACGUCGUGAAGAACCGUUUUCCUCGAGCGGCCACAUCACGAGCUGAGAGGAUCUGGCCUGGAGGAGUCAUUCCCUACGUCAUAGGAGGAAAUUUCACUGGUAGUCAGAGGGCCAUGUUUAAGCAGGCCAUGCGUCACUGGGAGAAACAGACGUGUGUAACUUUCAUUGAGAAGACAGAUGAGGAAAGCUACAUCGUGUUCACCUACAGACCCUGCGGGUGUUGUUCCUAUGUGGGUCGUCGUGGCAACGGGCCCCAGGCUAUCUCCAUCGGCAAGAACUGUGACAAGUUUGGCAUCGUGGUGCACGAACUGGGUCACGUUAUCGGCUUCUGGCACGAGCACACGCGACCUGACCGUGACGAUCACGUGACCAUUAUCCGUGAUAACAUCCAACCAGGCCAGGAGUAUAACUUUCUCAAGAUGGAGCCAGGGGAGGUCAACUCUCUCGGGGAGCCAUAUGAUUUUGAUAGCAUCAUGCACUACGCCAGGAACACCUUCUCACGGGGGAUGUUCCUCGACACCAUCCUUCCAUCCAGAGAUGAAAACGGGGUCCGGCCUGCUAUUGGCCAGCGGACCAGGCUCAGUAAAGGAGACAUUGCACAGGCAAGGAAGCUGUAUAGAUGUCCAGCGUGCGGAGAGACACUGCAAGAGUCAACGGGCAACUUCUCGUCUCCUGGUUACCCCAACGGAUACCCUUCUUACACACACUGUGUCUGGAGAAUAUCUGUUACACCUGGAGAAAAGAUUGUUCUGAACUUCACCACCAUGGAUCUGUAUAAAAGCAGUCUGUGUUGGUACGACUACAUUGAGGUUCGGGAUGGAUACUGGAGGAAAGCUCCGCUGCUCGGCAGGUUUUGUGGAGAUAAAGUUCCUGACGUCUUGAUCUCCACUGACAGCAGGAUGUGGAUCGAGUUCCGCAGCAGCAGCAACUGGGUGGGAAAAGGCUUUGCUGCCAUUUAUGAAGCGAUCUGUGGAGGGGAAAUCACCAAAGACUCAGGACAGAUUCAGUCUCCCAACUAUCCUGAUGACUACAGACCCUCCAAAGAGUGUGUGUGGAGGAUUACUGUGUCCGAGGGAUACAACGUCGGGCUCAGCUUCCAGGCCUUCGAGAUCGAGAGACAUGACAGCUGUGCUUACGACUACCUGGAGGUCCGAGACGGCCCUCUGGAGACGAGCCCUCUGAUUGGUCGCUUCUGUGGUUACGAUAAACCCGAGGACGUGCGCUCCACCUCACACACACUGUGGAUGAAGUUUGUUUCAGACGGGACGGUUAACAAGGCCGGCUUUGCUGCUAACUUUUUCAAAGAGGAGGAUGAGUGUGCCAAGCCAGACAAUGGUGGAUGUGAACAGAGGUGUGUAAACACUCUCGGCAGCUUCAAGUGUGCCUGUGACCCGGGCUACGAGCUCGCUCCUGACAAGAAGAGCUGUGAAGCGGCGUGUGGCGGUCUCCUCUCUAAGUUGAACGGGACCAUCAGCACUCCCGGUUGGCCUAAAGAGUAUCCACCCAACAAGAACUGUGUGUGGCAGGUGGUGGCGCCCACUCAGUACCGCAUCUCCAUGCAGUUUGAGGCCUUCGAGUUGGAAGGAAAUGAAGUGUGUAAAUACGACUACGUGGAGGUGCGCAGCGGCCUUUCAUCCGACUCUAAGCUGCACGGUAAAUACUGUGGCACCGAGGUCCCCGAGGUCAUCACCUCUCAGUACAACAACAUGAGGAUUGAGUUCAAGUCUGACAACACAGUCUCCAAGAAAGGCUUCAAAGCUCACUUCUUCUCAGACAAAGAUGAGUGCAGCAAGGACAACGGCGGCUGCCAGCACGAGUGCAUCAACACAGUGGGCUCUUACGUGUGUCAGUGCCGCCAUGGCUUUGUACUGCAUGAGAACAAACAUGACUGUAAGGAAGCUGAGUGUGAGCAUAAGAUCCACAGCCCCAGUGGGACCCUGAGCAGCCCGAACUGGCCGGACAAGUAUCCCAGCCGUAAGGAGUGCACCUGGGACAUCACAGCCACACCGGGACACCGAAUCAAGAUAGCCUUCAACGAGUUUGAGAUCGAGCAGCAUCAGGAAUGUGCAUACGACCAUCUGGAGGCCUUUGACGGGGACAGCGACACGGCAGCCAUCUUGGGUCGACUGUGUGGCAGUAAGAUCCCGGAGCAGCUGGUCUCCACCGGAAACAAGAUGUACCUCCGCUUCAUCUCUGACGCCUCAGUACAGAGGAAGGGCUUCCAGGCUACACACUCCACAGAGUGUGGAGGUCGUCUGAAAGCAGAAGUGCGUCAGAAGAACCUCUACUCUCACUCUCAGUUUGGAGACAAUAAUUACCCGGGUCACACUGACUGCGAGUGGCUGCUGACGGCCGAGCAGGGUUACGGCAUCGAGCUGAGCUUCAUUACAUUCGAGGUGGAGGAGGAAGCUGACUGUGGUUACGACUACAUCGAGCUGUACAACGGCUACGAUGCCAAUUCGCAUCGACUCGGCCGCUUCUGUGGUUCAGGGCCCAGGGAGGGGAUCUACUCACCAGGAGCCACUAUGCUGAUCCGUUUCCAUAGCGACGACACAAUCAGCAAGAAGGGCUUCCACAUCCGCUACACGAGCACCAAGUUCCAGGAGAGCCUUCACACCAGGAAAUGACCUCACAUGCAGCUCGUGACAUCUGUUCUCCGUGCAGCCCCCCCACCCCCCACCCCACCCCGCCCAACCGUCCGCCACUCUCACCCUGACCUUCACCAUGGCAAGUACAGCCUGUCCCUUCUUCUCGGACGUUUGUGGACGUUUGCCAGCCGCUGGAGGAGGAAGACGACGCUUUAACGUGAACAUUAGUCUCCCCUCUGUGGCUCCACACAGGUCACCGCACUCUGAGACGAGACGGGAAAAAACAAGAUAUCAAAAUGAGACGAGCCAUUUCUGUGGAGGAGAUGGUUUUCAUUACUGCACAUCAAGCUACCCUCAGUGUGGAGUACAGACCCACAAACACACAAGAUUCAUAUUCAGAAUUACAAACUGCGGAUGCUCGAGGAACUAAGGAGCUUUUACUGAAAAUAAAAUGCAUCCAAUACGGGAGAUUUGAGUCUUUUCUGACUCCUUGAACUGUGCAACUUACUGUGAUCAGACGGCUGCUCAUACCCACAGUAACUGAGAGGAAACUCUAGACAUUUUUAUUGCCUUUGAUGCCUGGGAACUGGUCUCUUCACCCCAGCUCAGAACGGCUGCAGAUGAUUUUAUUUCAUGUCUUAUUGUAAAACCCAUUGUGUUUACUGUAUGUGUGUCUGUGUGUACAGAGAAAAGAAGAACAAACUAAAAGGCUGAAGUCCGUCAUUUGCCCUUUUUUAUUUUAUUUUUUUUUUUUUUGCUUAAAGCUUAUGCAGACAACCAUCGUGGAAUGGGAGAAAAAAAAUACAGAAAAAUGCAAAUGAAGAAUUUCCAAAAAUGAUCUGUGAUGUUAAUGUUAAGCCUUGCAUUAUGUUGUAUGUGUGUGUGUGUGUCCAUGCUGUUUUUGAGUUGCACCAUCUUGUAACAAACUUUUAUGGAUGUUUUCACCUCACCCCCAGAAAGAAAAAAAAAAAAAAAGUGGAUAUCGGAAGGGAAUAUUUUCACAGCUGUCUCUCGGAGUGACACGAUUCUGAUUGAAGGAGAGAUUCCCAUGGUGCUAAAAAUAAAAAUACACUGAAUGACAGAUGACUGCGGUUGGAAGUGAAGGUUUUCAAGAGACAGGAGACAGUCAGCGUGCAAACGGCACACUGCAUCAGCAGCACUAGUCCUGUGGAACUACAAUAUUGCCUUAGAACCAAAAUGUAUGCUAUCGGAGCUCACUCCUAUGCUCUUCUGUCAGCGGAGUGUUUUCAAGGUUUUUUGGCAGCGUAUUUCAUUUGUUUUGAGAUUUGAAUGGUUGAAACAAACAAACAAAAAACAUGGGAAAUGUAGUCUGUGUGAGAUAGAGUGUCAAUGGUGCAUGUGUGUGUUUGUGUGUCAUUUUGUAGCUGCUCUCAGAGAUACACACACACAUGCUUACACAUCCACAAAUACACAAAAAACUUUCCCCCCGAACAUAUCUGAACACACAUCCCCUUUGUAUAUUUGGAGCAAAGUGGAGAGCAAAGUGCUGUAAAGUUGAAGGAUUAUCAAGGUGCAUACUGGUGUUGCAUCGUCUGUCGUGUUAAAUGCAAAUGUGUAAGUGUGUGUUAUAGGAGAUUAUAGAGAAUUAAUGUGUGUGUAUGUCUGUAAACUGUUUGUUUUUAAGUUGAAUUCAUUCAUUGCUGUACGUGCCAAGCUCCAGGUGACCCUGAUCCACUGUAGUUUUUUGUUUUAUCAUUCCACCUUCGUGUCUGUAGUUCGAAGACACGGACAUGAAGUCCUCUGCAUCAGACAUUAAAAUACACACAGGUAAAAACUACGUACAUCUGUGUGUCCUGGAUUAUUGCUGUGUUCUGUGAAUUAAUUUAUGUUUCUUGUUUUUUUAUGUUUAGAUAACACAAGAGUAGCAAAUAUUGACGCUUAAAUCAAAUCCUGGCAUUUUCCAUUUGUGAUAAUUAUAAUCAAGUCUUUUCUUAAAAAAGCACAUCGAUGGAGUUAACUGCUCAGAUUAGGCCUGUUUCCAAGUCAUAGUCUGUGCCAAACGUGUAGUAAAUUAAGCCAUCCUAAAAAAAAGUCCUUAAACCCAUUUUGAGUGUUUUUGUUUGACUAACUUAAUUUUCUUUGCUAUCAUUUUAAAGAUAACUUAUUCUACGACAACAGCCAUGUUUUGUGUUUUAUAAUGGAGUUUGAAGUGUGCAACUUGAGUAAAUAUAGACCUUUUCAGUUUAAAUAUCAACACUGCUACACCUGGCCAUGCACCCUGUAUCCUCUGCAGCAUACAGGGUCUAAACUUCACGGUGCAUUGUUAAGAUUAAGAAGUAUGUCCCAGUUGUAUGCAUACUGCAUGUCACAGUGCAUAAGUCUACUUUUUAAAGGGCAGCUGUGGUAUGUACUAAAAGUAAAAAGAAAUAGUAAGUGAUUUGAAAUACAGCAGUUUUGUUGAAAUGGUGUGAAACUGUCAUGUGCAACUGCCUUUAAGGUAUGUUUUCUCAUUAGGUGGGUUUGCCAGAAGUGUUACCCAAGCAGCAGAAACCUGCAUG